AUGGCAAUCCUCUCCUUGCCAUUAUCAUCAACAUCACCGUUCCUCUUCCUGCUGCUGCUAUUGCUACUACCAUGUCACCAUGGCUUCAACAUAAAAGAAGCGACAGUCCAUGACAUCCAGGUGGCAUUUCAGCAGCAGAAGCUUAGCUCCAGGCAACUCGUACUCUUCUACCUUGACCAGAUUCGGAUCCUCAACCCCAUUCUGCAUGCUGUCAUUGAGAUCAACCCAGAUGCUCUCCACCAGGCUGACGUGGCGGACCAGGAAAGGAGCGACGGGAAGUGCUCCAAGGGCCCGCUUCACGGCAUCCCCAUCCUGCUCAAGGACAACAUCGCCACAGCCGAUCAACUCAACAGCACUGCCGGUUCGCUGGCCCUGCUCGGCUCAGUUGUUCCUCGAGACGCGGGCGUGGUGACGAGGUUGAGGGAUGCUGGUGCUGUCAUCCUUGGGAAGGCCAGCCUCAGUGAGUGGUCUAAAUUUCGUUCCACAUCCACCCCCAACGGAUGGAGCGCCAGAGGUGGUCAAGGCAAAAAUCCAUAUGUGCUGUCGGCCGAUACUUGUGGAUCUAGCAGUGGAUCGGCAAUUGCGGUGGCUGCAAAUCUGGUGACAGUGUCAUUAGGCACUGAGACAGAUGGUUCGAUCCUCUGCCCCUCCAGUUUCAAUUCAGUGGUAGGGAUAAAACCCACAGUGGGCCUCACCAGUCGAAGUGGGGUCAUCCCAAUUUCUUCAAGGCAGGAUACAGUAGGUCCCAUUUGUAGGACAGUAUCAGACGCAGUCUAUGUGUUGGACGCUAUCGUCGGGUUUGACCCAAGAGACGCAGAAGCAACUGGGAAAGCAUCAAAGCUUAUUCCAUACGGUGGCUACACUCAAUUUCUUAAGGCAGAUGGGCUCAAAGGAAAGAGACUGGGGAUUGUGAGGAAACCAUUCUUCGAAUUCCUUUCAGAACCUGCGAUCAAGCAAACCUUUGACGAGCAUCUCAAUACACUAAGGCAAAGAGGUGCAAUCUUAGUAGAUAAUUUGGAGAUAGCAAACGUGAGUGACAUACUUAAUGUCACUAUGAGUGGGGAAGAAAUCGCAUUGUUGACAGAGUUCAAGCUAUCAAUAAAUGCAUACCUAUCGGAGCUUGUCCAUUCUCCUGUUAGAUCUUUGGCGGAUUUGAUCGCUUUCAAUAAUAAAUACUCGACGCAGGAAAAAGCCAAGGAAUUCGGUCAGGACAUCUUUCUAGCAGCUCAGAGCACAAAUGUGCUAAAUGAAAAUGUAAGAAGCGCAAUAAAGAAUAUGAAGAGAUUGUCAGAAGAUGGAUUUAAGAGGACGAUGAAGGACAAUAAGUUGGAUGCAAUGGUGACACCUGAUAGUUUUGCUACAACGGUUCUCGCAAUAGGUGGUUAUCCGGGAAUAAGCAUUCCAGCAGGAUAUGAAACAGGUGGAGUGCCUAUUGGGAUUUGCUUUGGGGGAUUACAUGGAUCCGAACCCAAGCUUAUCGAGAUCACAUAUGAUUUUGAGCAAGCAACUAUGAUACGGAAGCCACCUUCAUUCAAGCCAUGACAUGUUGAUGAGAACCAAGCUAGCAUAACCUGUGUGGGUAUGGGGUGGAUCUCAUCCACAUGAAGUUGUUCCCCUAUGUUAGUAGUAGGCACAUGUAUAUGUGGCCAAUUAUGCAAGUGUUUUCCUUUUAAGAUUGUGUGCUCUAAAAAUUUUCCUUCAUUCAAACUAUAGUAACAUGAUA